CUCCUUCUCUCUCUCUCUCUCUCUCUGCAGACAGCAACAGCGUCCUGUGAUUUACCCUGAUGCUUUAAACUUCCAGUGACUGAUCAAACUGGGAUACGAUCUGAUCUGAGCCCACAACCACUUGACUUAUCAGGAAACCUGUGCAAGUGUCUGUCUCCUGGAUUCAGUUUCUCUUACUCUCUUCAUCUCUCACAUGCUCAAGCCAUGCUGAGAGGUGAAUUGUGGGAUUCGGUGAUUGCCAUGGUGCUAUGGGCCGCCUGGCUGCCCUCCUGUCUCAGCCAGACCCCCUCUCCAUCUCAUGAUGGGAAAAUGAAGUUUCGUCUGGCCGGAUACCCUCGCAAACACAAUGAAGGGAGAGUGGAAGUGUUUUACAGUGGAGAGUGGGGAACUAUCUGCGAUGAUGACUUCACCUUGGCCAACGCUCAUGUUCUGUGUCGUCAUCUAGGGUUCGUGGAGGCACUAAGCUGGUCGCACAGUGCCAAGUAUGGACCGGGCAAUGGUAAAAUCUGGCUUGAUAAUGUCAUGUGUGGAGGAACGGAAAACAGCAUAGAGAAAUGUGUGUCCCGAGGCUGGGGGAACAGCGACUGCACGCACCAAGAGGACGCAGGGGUUGUCUGUAAAGACGAGAGACUUCCGGGCUUUGCAGAAUCCAACAUCAUUGAGAUGCAGGUGGAUAAAAACCGUAUGGAGAAGAUUCGUCUGCGUCCCCUCUCAGGUGCCCAUGCCGGCCGUAUGCCUGUGACGGAGGGAGUGAUAGAGGUGAAGUUUAAGGACGGAUGGGGUCACAUCUGCAACACUGGCUGGACCACCAAGAACUCUCGAGUGGUGUGUGGCAUGAUGGGAUUCCCUUCCCAGAGAACUACGGCCAAGAAGCCAAGCAGUCACCAGAGUGUGUACAAGAUCCACUCAGUGGCCUGCACAGGAAAUGAGGCUCAUCUUUCAGCAUGCACGAUGGAGUUCAGUAAAGCAAACUCUAGCGCCCCCUGUCCCAAUGGAGGAGCUGCUGUAGUCAGCUGUGUGCCCGGGCCACUGUUCACACAGGCCAGAGCACGUCGAGUCAAGCUCAAUCCAAUGUCUCAGGUGCGUCUGAAGGGCGGUGCAAAGGCAGGUGAGGGCCGUGUGGAGGUCCUGAAGGGGAGCGAGUGGGGUACAGUGUGUGACGACCGCUGGAACCUGCAGUCCGCCAGCGUGGUGUGUAGAGAUCUGGGCUUCGGCACCGCUAAAGAGGCUCUGACUGGAGCGCGAAUGGGCCAAGGCAUGGGUCCCAUCUACAUGAAUGAGGUUCAGUGUCGUGGUGAUGAGAAGAGCCUGUGGGACUGUCCUCAUAAGAGCAUCACUGCUGAAGACUGCAAACACAUGGAGGACGCCUCCGUCAUCUGCAACAUUCCCUACAUGGGCUUCGAGAAAACGAUCCGCCUGACAGGGGGUCGGACGCGGUUGGAGGGGAGGGUGGAGCUGCUGCUCUCUACAGGCAGUGAGAUGAGGGACUGGGGUUUGAUCUGUGGGGACGGAUGGACGUCUCGGGAGGCCAUGGUAGUGUGCAGACAGCUGGGGUUGGGACAUGCCAGCAGUGGCCUGAGAAUCCGUAUGGUGGGGGGCAGGACGGAUCACGAGGGUCGCGUGGAGGUUCAGGUCAAGUCCAGGUGGGGAACUAUAUGCAGUGACAAAUGGACCACAAGAGAAGCCAUGGUGGCGUGCAGACAGUUAGGCCUCAGAUACUGCCUGCAUGCUAUCACUGAAACGUGGUACUGGGACAGCAGUAACGUGACGGAGAUGGUUCUGAGCGGAGUGAAGUGUAAGGGAGAUGAGAUGACUCUGACCGACUGUCAGCAUCAUCCUGUCAUCAGCUGCAAAAGAGCGGGAGCGCAGUUCUCCGCUGGCGUCAUCUGCUCAGACACGGCUUCGGACCUGGUGCUGAACGCUCCAUUGGUGGAGCAGAGCGUUUACAUCGAGGACCGACCCUUGCACAUGCUGUACUGUGCAGCAGAGGAAAACUGCCUCGCCAAAUCAGCUGCUCAAGCCAACUGGCCAUACGGCCACCGUCGCCUGCUACGCUUCUCCUCCCAGAUACACAACAUCGGCAAGGCUGACUUCAGACCACGGCUCGGCCGCCACUCAUGGGUGUGGCACGAAUGCCAUAGGCACUAUCAUAGUAUGGAUAUCUUCACCUAUUAUGACCUGCUGUCUCUAAACGGGACCAAAGUGGCAGACGGACAUAAAGCGAGCUUCUGCCUGGAGGACACCGAGUGCCAUGAAGGUGUUUCAAAGCACUAUGAAUGUGCUAACUUCGGUGAGCAGGGCAUCACAGUGGGCUGCUGGGACUUGUACAGACAUGAUAUCGACUGCCAGUGGAUUGACAUCACGGAUGUUAAACCAGGAAACUACAUACUACAGGUCGUUAUAAACCCCAACUUUGAGAUAGCUGAGAGUGACUUCACCAACAACGCUAUGCGAUGCAACUGCAAAUACGAUGGCAACCGUGUCUGGUUGCAUAAAUGUCAUCUUGGUGAUUCAUUCAGUGAAGAGGCUGAGAAAGAAUUUGAGCAUUAUCCUGGGCAGCUCAACAACAAGAUCUCAUAAUAUAUAUUUUUUUGUGAACAAACCCAGUGAACUCCAAUAACCACGUGGCUCUGGACAAAGAGAAACUUUAAUCACUUAACGUUACUAUUUAUUCUCAUUUGAAUCCAUUGUUACUGUGGUCGAAUCACGUGUUUAUAUUAGGUCAUCAGAAAUGAUCAUGUAGCCAAGGGCCUGAGACAGAACAGAGCUGUGAUUGUGGCCUGGGCUUUUGUCAGUGCGAAUGCAAGUGGUUGAGCAGUGGCUAUACACUU